GCCUUGGAGGUAUAGGCAAGAUAAAGCUAGCAGUUGAAUUCGCAAGGAAACACCGAGGCGAUUUCAGUAGCAUCUUCCGGUUGGAUGGGGAGUCGGAGGUCAGCCCGAGGCAGUUCAUUCGCGAACAUAGUGCAGAGGUUACCGCAGGACGAGCUAACACCGGAGGGUAGGAGAAAGCUGGAGCAGUCGACGAUGGAAAUCGACGCAGCGCUGCGUGAAUGCCUCCGAUGGCUGUCUCUCGACACCAACCAACACUGGCUUCUGGUCUUUGACAAUGUUGAUCGCCACCAUAAUGAUCAAAAUGACACGCAGGCGAACAAUGUGAGGACACCUCCCCAGCGCAGAGCAGGGUCCGUUCUUAUCACUAGUCGACUUGCAUGUCUGCAAAGGCUGGGCUCAGGGCUCAAGCUCGGGAUAGUCGAGCGGGAGCAGGCAAGUGCGAUCCUAGAAACCAAUGCUGUGAGAACAAUUGAGGGUAAAAUUUACGGUCUUUUCCGUGGUAUUGAGGGAAAAGGGCUAACAUUGGUAGACGCAGACAUAAUUCUCAAACAACUAACUAGGAUUCCUCUGGCACUGACACAAGCCAGGUUGUAUAUAUAGGAGAUGAACCUAUCUGCGUCGAGUUACGCUGAGCAC